GGCGAAUGACCAACAGGCGAGGUCGGCGCAGAGUCGUGGGAUCUUCGGAAGCCCGAACAGGCCGCCGCCUAGGCUCUUACCCCGUAGCCUGCUUUCCUGCCGCGGACCGCAGGCCCCACCAGGAGAGGGGGCCCUUCCCCACCCGCCGCGCCCCGCGCCGCCCGGCCAUGGCCGACAGCGGCGGCACGGGCAGCUCCGGGCCCUGGUGGAAAUCGCUAACCAACAGCAGAAAGAAAAGCAAGGAAGUCGCGGCAGGGGCGCAGCCGCCCGCCCAACCUGCCCCCGGGGAGCCCGCGCCGCCCGCGCCGCCCAGCGCGGACUGGACUAGCUGCUCCCGGGAGAACCAGCACCCCAAUCUCCUCGGGGGCGCCGGCGAGCCCCACAAGCCGGACAAGUCGUGCGGGGAGAAGUCAGGCAGCAGCCGCCGCAACUUGAAGAUCUCGCGCUCCGGCCGCUUUAAGGAGAAGAGGAAAGUGCGCGCCACUCUGCUCCCCGAAGGAGUCAGGUCCCCAGAGGAGGCGGGCUUCCCUGGUGACCCCCACGACGACAAGCAAUAGCCAGAGCGCUGCGGGACUGCCUCUCUCCCCACCACUCCCCCCUACCCUAACCCGAGAAUUCCGGCCCUCCCCUGGCUCCAAUCCCACCGACUUCUGAAUAUUCACACAAGGCCUCCACGACUUUAAUUUCCUGGAAAUUGAAGUGUCAGUUGGGUUUUCCAUAUUUCAUGGUUCAAGGAGGCAUUGAAUAUUUAUUUGUGGUGAGCGAAGAUACCUGCCGCAGAGGAAGUUGGCGUAACCGUGUUUAACCCCCAAAAGUUCUCUGGUGGCCUCCCACCUUUUGCCACCUGGGGAGUGAGAAGGGUACUUCUAUGAGCUGGUAACUCUACUGGAACUGAGCCGACCCUCAAAUGAGGAAGCAGUGCUCGGAUCCAGGACCCGCUGUCGGAGAGCAAAUCACAAUGCUGUUUUUAACGCCAGAGAAAUGCACUUUAGAAGUACUUCUGUAGACUCAGACCUAAGUGAAGGGCUGAGAGGGAGCAGGAAGCAUUCUUAGGUAGAAGCAUUAUAAGUAAGGCAAGACUGCUUUUAAUGUUGAGCUACAAAACUGUACUACCUAUUUUAGUGCGGACCAUUAAAAUCG